GUCGUCAGCGAGUCUCCGUAAAGGUUAGACGUGCAGACGAAACAUUUCAUUAAAAAUACCCAAAAAAAAUAUCCUUAUUUUACGUAAUCAAACAAAAAAAAGUGAUAAUGUGCUAAUUAGUGCAUAGUUUUCGUAAUACAGUGACGUAAAAUUUUGUCGGUUCUCUUUCUCAGAGUGUUUUAAUAAAAGAAGUGCAAUGCGUUCGCUUUUGCUGGCGGUGCUGGUAACAGUCGGUCUCGCCCAGGACACGACCUUAGACCCUGCCUUGCUUCUGAACAUCUUCGGAACGCCCCCCACGCCGGCGAAGCCCGGCACGGGGAACCUGGAAGACAUCAUCGUUAAGCCUACGGAGAGCAACAGCGUGUUUACGGAUAAGAACGGGGAAUCUUGCAAAUGCGUCCCCUACUAUUUGUGUAACAAGAACAAUGAAGGGGUGGACGUUAAUAACGCCAGCGUGACGGGGUGGGGAGUGCUGGAUGUCAGGUUCGGCGAAGAAGACUGCCAAGAGAGCGUGGAGAUCUGCUGCACUAAUCCCAUAACGGAACCCGUGCCAAAGCCGCAGCCGGACCCCUCGAAGUUGAAGGGAUGCGGCUACAGGAACCCCAUGGGGGUCGGAGUGACCAUCACCGGAGGGGUGGGUACGGAGGCUCAGUUCGGCGAGUUCCCCUGGGUGGUGGCUCUGCUGGACGCUUUGAACGAAUCGUACGCUGGAGUAGGAGUCCUGAUACAUCCUCAAGUCGUCAUGACUGGCGCUCACAUCGCUUACAAGUACGCCCCGGGCAAUUUGAGAGCAAGAGCCGGAGAAUGGGACACCCAGACCAUCAAGGAAAUGCUGGACCACCAAGUGAGACUCGUCGAGGAAAUAAUCAUACACGAAGAUUUCAACACGAAAAGCCUCAAGAACGACGUGGCGCUCCUGCGGAUGCACGCGCCCUUCAACCUCGCCGAGCACAUCAACAUGAUCUGCCUCCCGGACCCGGGGGACAGCUUCGACACCAGCAAGAACUGCGUCGCCAACGGCUGGGGGAAGGACGUCUUUGGUCUCCAGGGCAGAUACGCGGUGAUACUGAAGAAAAUCGAAAUCGAUAUGGUGCCGAACCCUCGCUGCAAUUCGCUGCUGCAGCGAACCAGACUUGGGACCAGGUUCCGUCUGCACGACAGCUUCGUGUGCGCCGGGGGACAGGAGGGCAGGGACACUUGCCAGGGCGACGGUGGAGCCCCCCUGGCCUGUCCCAUAGGUGACAGCCGCUACAAGCUGGCCGGGCUGGUCGCCUGGGGCAUCGGGUGCGGGCAGAAGGACGUGCCCGCGGUCUACGCCAACGUGGCCCGCAUGAGGUCUUGGGUCGACCGGAAGAUGAACGCGUGGGGUUACGGAACCACCACUUACACUAUUUAAGACAUUCCCAAAAUAAAAACGUCCGCAAAAUUUUAAAA